AUGCAAGAUCCAGUACACUUCAUACCAAAGAUAUUUGAUAUUUUUGCCGCCAAGGAUGAAAAUUCUGAUCGAAAUGGGCUUGAAGGCCCAUAUCGUAAAAUCUCAACCACAUCUAUCGAUAAUUUGAUGCAAAAAGAACAAAGUUUCCAUGAAGAAAUGAUCAGCAAGCUUCUGAGCAGGCCUUUCAAAAUGCCCAUUCCUGAUUACAGAAGUCCUGGUAGGGCUCGUCCUCUUGGCCUCCGUCAUUCAACGGUUCGCUGUGCACUCUUCGAUCCGUAUGCUGAAGGAGCAUUAGUGCUAUUCACACCACCGGAACUUAGUGCACAUGAUGCACUCAAACUUGAUACUACUAACAAGCAGGUACAUGUUGUGGUGGAUCCAGUGCUCAGUUCCAUUCUGCGACCUCAUCAACGGGAAGGUGUGAAAUUUAUGUAUGACUGCGUCACCGGUGCUCGCAUACCUUCCGCUCACGGUUGUAUCAUGGCUGAUGAAAUGGGUUUGGGCAAAACGCUGCAGUGUAUCACGCUAAUGUGGACAUUACUUAGGCAAGGACCAGAUGCGAAGCCGACAUUGAACAAGACAGUGAUCGUUUGUCCGAGCAGUCUUGUCAAGAACUGGGAUAAAGAAAUUAGAAAGUGGCUUCGCGGACGAGUGAACGCAUUGCCCGUGGAUUCAGGAGGGAAAGACGAAAUUGACAAGAAUUUAGAAACGUUUAUGUCUCAGAUGGGUGUACGUUGUCCUACACCUGUACUCAUUAUUUCCUAUGAAACUUUUCGGCUUCAUGCCUCUAUCUUGUUGCAGAAGGAAAUUGGAUUAAUCAUUUGCGAUGAGGGUCACCGACUGAAAAAUAGUGAUAAUCAAACAUAUCAAGCGCUUUUCGGUUUAAAAUGUGAGAGACGAGUACUUAUUUCCGGCACUCCAAUACAAAAUGAUCUUUUGGAAUAUUAUAGUCUGAUAAAUUUUGUCAAUCCUGGCUUACUUGGAACAGCCUCAGAAUUUAAACGACGUUUCGAAAAUAUUAUUCUCCGUGGCCGAGAUGCUGAUGCGACAGAUGUACAACGCGAAAGAGGUGAUACUGCACUUCUCGAGAUGUCUUCUAUUGUGAAUAAGUGUAUCAUUAGAAGAACAUCUGCACUGCUCACGAAAUAUUUACCGGUCAAAUAUGAGCUUAUUAUUUGUUGUAAGUUAACAGAACUGCAAGAGAAAUUGUAUAAUCAACUUAUUAGUGCAUUUUCAAUCAAUGGGAAGCAGAAACUAACUGAAAGUGAUAAAAUAACGGGUACAGCGCUCUCAUUCAUUACAAAUUUGAAGAAACUAUGUAAUCAUCCACAACUGAUACUUAAUAAAUGCCAGAAGAAAGAAGAAGGAUUUGAAGAUUGCUUAAAAUUGUUUCCUGAAGAAUUUGGCAGAAAGUUUGAGCCAGCAUUUUCUGGAAAAAUGAAAGUUCUAGACUAUCUGUUAGCAGCAACAAGAGCCACUACGAAUGACAAAUUUGUUCUGGUGUCUAAUUAUACACAAACGAUUGAUGCAUUUGUUGAGUUGUGCCAGCUUCGAAGCUAUCCGUAUAUUCGUUUGGAUGGGACUUGUACAAUUAAACAGCGAGCGAAAUUAGUGGAGAAAUUCAACGAUCCUGAGAGUGUCGAGUAUAUAUUUCUGUUAUCAUCAAAAGCGGGUGGCUGUGGUUUAAAUUUGAUUGGUGCAAAUCGACUUAUAAUGUUUGAUCCGGAUUGGAAUCCAGCAAAUGAUGAUCAGGCGAUGGCUCGAAUAUGGAGGGAUGGGCAGAAAAAGAACUGUUUCAUUUAUCGGCUCUUAGCGACUGGCAGCAUCGAGGAAAAAAUGUUUCAACGACAAGCGCAUAAGAAAGCACUGUCAUCUUGUGUUGUUGAUGAAGCUUCUGAUGUGGCACGGCAUUUCAGUAAAGAUCAAUUGCGCCAUUUAUUUGAUUUGAAAGCAGACAUCGCAUCAGAUACGCAUCAAUCGUUAAAAUGUGAACGGUGUAUAAAUGGUAUCGAAUAUAGAGAACCACAGGAGCGCGCUGAUACGAACUCUGAUCUCAGUGAGUGGUAUCAUGUUCAAAAGGAUAUACGUAAAGUGCCGGACAAGGUGCUGAAAAGAGUCUUUGAUUGUGGAGCUAUUACAUUUGUCUUCCAUCAGAAAUCUCACAAUGUAAGAAGCGAAACAGUAAAGGAAGAGAGCGAAAUUAAAGAGGAUUUGUUGGAUGAGGAGGGAGAAAGCUGA